AUGAUUCAAACACAAUAGACUGAAGUAGAGACUUUUAAUUAAAUCACCAAAAAUAUUAAUUAGGUCAGCAUUGACAAUGAAGGUACAUUCAAAUACAUCCUGAUCUUAUUGGAGGGAGAGAACAACAAGGAAUUUUAUUAUGUUAGAGGUCUAAAAUAAUAUGAAUUUCACGCAUAGAACUUUGAGCAUUUUUGUGAGGAGGCAAAAAAUAACUUGAAAUGGUCGGAAUUCAAGUAUAAUGUAGAAAAAGGAACGAUCAAGGCAUAAUUAAAUGGACACAAUUUCAAAUUUAAGUGUGUUGGUGGAGGCAGAAUCAAACAUUCAUUUGUCAAUUCAAGUAUAGAAAUUUAUGGAUAUUCGUAAUCCUAUGGAUAGUGUGAUCAUAAAUUGUCCUUAAAUAUCAUAAGAACAGUCUAUCCUUAUGAAGAUAAAAAUGUAAUCACAAGAAACGAUGGUUAUUGA